AUCCUGCAUAGAUCUAAGGACACACCGACGAACUGAAACGGAAACAUUUUUCCCCCCUUCCUAUGCACUCCUCCCCCUUCUUCGUUCCUUCAAUGCAUCUCUCGUCCUAUUCUUGAUCCACGGCUUCUCUCUUUCGCUGAAGCGAGACUAAAGCAAUACGUACAUUCCCAUCACUCUGUUCGCUUUCUCCCUGUGGCUUUUGCCUGUUUUGGCUGCGAUCAUUUUCUGCUCCUCUCUCGUGGAUCCGCAUGUAUACCGAAGAACAGAUCUAAGAUUUGUUUGAUUUGGCUGGGAGGAGAUGUUGACGAAAUUCGAAACAAAGAGUAACAGAGUGAAGGGACUGAGUUUCCACACUAAGAGGCCAUGGAUUCUUGCCAGUCUUCACAGUGGUGUGAUCCAACUCUGGGACUACCGUAUGGGGACUCUGAUUGAUCGCUUCGACGAGCAUGAUGGCCCCGUGCGAGGCGUCCAUUUCCACAAAUCUCAGCCUCUUUUUGUGUCAGGAGGCGACGACUACAAGAUCAAAGUUUGGAACUAUAAGCUGCAUAGGUGUCUCUUUACCCUUCUGGGUCACCUCGAUUACAUCCGCACGGUGCAGUUUCAUCAUGAGUACCCAUGGAUUGUGAGUGCCAGUGAUGAUCAGACGAUUCGCAUCUGGAAUUGGCAGUCUCGCACUUGCAUUUCAGUGCUGACAGGCCAUAAUCAUUAUGUUAUGUGCGCUUCAUUCCACCCUAAAGAAGAUCUUGUUGUGUCUGCUUCCCUGGAUCAGACUGUCCGUGUCUGGGACACUGCUGCUCUGAGAAAGAAAACUGUAUCUCCUGCUGAUGAUAUCCUGCGUUUGAGUCAGUUGAAUGGAGAUCUCUUUGGUGGUGUUGAUGCAGUUGUUAAGUAUGUCUUGGAAGGUCAUGACAGAGGAGUGAAUUGGGCUGCAUUCCAUCCUACUCUUCCUUUGAUUGUCUCAGGAGCAGAUGAUCGCCAAGUAAAGUUGUGGCGGAUGAAUGAUACAAAAGCAUGGGAAGUGGACACUUUGAGAGGACACAUGAACAAUGUUUCAAGUGUUAUGUUCCAUGCCAAGCAAGAUAUAAUCGUAUCUAAUUCAGAGGAUAAAAGUAUUCGAGUUUGGGAUGUCACUAAGAGAACUGGACUUCAGACUUUCCGCCGUGAGCAUGACCGCUUUUGGAUCCUUGCAGCUCACCCUGAUAUGAAUCUUCUUGCUGCUGGCCAUGACAGUGGCAUGAUAGUGUUCAAGUUGGAGAGAGAAAGGCCUGCAUUUGCUGUGAGUGGAGACUCUCUGUUUUACACAAAGGAUCGGUUUUUGAGGUUUUUUGAGUAUUCCACUCAGAGGGAAACCCAGGUGAUUCCUAUAAGGCGACCUGGUAGCACCAGCUUGAAUCAGAGUCCGAGAACUCUUUCUUACAGCCCUACUGAAAAUGCGGUUCUGUUAUGCUCAGAUGUGGAUGGAGGGUCUUAUGAGCUGUAUAUAGUACACAAGGAUACCAUGUCCAGGGGCGAUACAGUUCAGGAAGCAAAGAGAGGUGGAGGGGGUUCAGCUGUAUUCAUUGCAAGAAACAGGUUUGCUGUGCUUGACAAAAGUACCAAUCAAGUGUUGGUCAAGAACCUAAAGAAUGAGGUGGUCAAAAAGAGUGGCCUUCCCAUUGCUACAGAUGCUAUUUUCUAUGCCGGAACUGGUAAUGUGCUUUGCAGGGCUGAAGAUAGAGUUGUCAUAUUUGAUCUUCAGCAGAGACUUGUAAUUGGGGAGCUUCCUACACCUUUUGUGAAGUACGUCGUUUGGUCUAAUGAAAUGGAUUCUGUUGCCUUGUUGAGCAAGCAUGCUAUUGUUAUUGCAAAUAAGAAGCUUACGCAUCAAUGCACCCUUCAUGAAACAAUCCGCGUGAAGAGUGGAGCCUGGGAUGACAAUGGUGUUUUCAUAUACUCUACUCUAAAUCAUAUGAAAUACUGCCUUCCGAAUGGAGAUAGUGGCAUAAUCAAAACCCUUGAGGUCCCAAUAUACAUCACUAAGAUUUCUGGGAAUACAAUCUUUUGCCUGGAUAGGGAUGGAAAGAAUAGGGCUAUGAUCAUUGAUGCAACAGAGUACAUGUUUAAACUCUCUCUUCUGAAGAAGAGAUUUGAUCACGUCAUGAGCAUGAUCAGAAACUCGCAGCUUUGCGGUCAGGCAAUGAUUGCUUAUCUGCAGCAGAAGGGAUUCCCUGAAGUUGCUUUGCAUUUUGUCAAGGAUGAAAGAACGAGAUUCAAUUUGGCUCUUGAGAGCGGGAACAUCCAAAUCGCUGUUGCUUCAGCUAAGGAAAUCGACGAGAAAGAGCAUUGGUACAGGCUCGGAGUGGAAGCCCUUCGCCAGGGCAAUGCAGGUAUCGUUGAAUAUGCAUAUCAGCGAACAAAGAAUUUCGAGCGGUUGUCUUUCUUGUAUCUGAUUACUGGAAAUCUAGACAAGCUGUCAAAGAUGUUGAAAAUUGCUGAGGUCAAGAAUGAUGUCAUGGGCCAGUUUCAUAACGCCCUGUACUUAGGUGACAUCCAGGAGCGAGUAAAGAUACUGGAAAACACUGGUCAUAUCCCCUUGGCAUACAUCACGGCUAAAGUCCAUGGUCUGGAGGAAGUAGCUGAGCGCCUAGCUGCUGAUUUGGGAGAUAACAUUCCAUCUUUGCCAGAGGGUAAAGUGCCAUCCCUUCUCAUGCCUCCAUCCCCCAUAUCAUGUUCUGGUGAUUGGCCUCUUCUGAGAGUUAUGAGAGGUAUAUUCGAAGGUGGCCUAGAGAAUAUGGCUAGAGGGACAGCAGAGGAUGAUGAGGAAGCGGCUGAUGGUGAUUGGGGCGAGGAACUUGAAAUGGUUGAUGCGGAGGACUUCCAGAACGGUGAUGUUACUGCUGUUUUGGAGGGCGCUGAAGCGGAAGGAGACAAUGAUGAGGAAGGAGGAUGGGACCUUGAGGACUUGGAUCUUCCUCAAGAAGCAGAUACCCCUAGAGCUUCUCUCGCUACUCGCUCUACAGUUUUCGUGGCUCCAUCUCCUGGAAUGCCUGUGAGCCAGAUAUGGAUCCAGAAGUCAUCACUUGCUGCUGAACAUGUGGCAGCUGGCAAUUUUGACACCGCUAUGAGAUUGCUCCAUAGGCAACUCGGAAUAAAAAAUUUCUCUCCGUUGAAAUCCAUGUUCCUCGAUCUUCACUCCGGAAGCCAGACGUAUCUACGUGCGGUCUCGGCUACUUCUGUCAUAUCGCUGGCUGUUGAACGGUGGAACGAGUCGGGAGCCCCCAACGUACGGGCACCUCCAGCACUCGUAUUCAGUUUUAGUCAGUUGGAAGAGAAGCUCAAGGCUGGUUACAAAGCCACCACAGCUGGGAAGUUCACCGAAGCUCUGAAACUCUUCAUCGGUAUUCUUCAUACGAUCCCUCUCAUUGUCGUGGAGACAAGGAGAGAGGUCGAUGAGGUCAAAGAGUUGAUCAUCAUAGUGAAGGAAUACGUUCAGGGGCUACAGAUGGAACUCAAGAGAAGGGAAAUGAAGAGCGACCCGGUUCGUCAGCAGGAACUUGCCGCCUACUUCACACAUUGCAACCUUCAAACCCCUCACCUGAGACUGGCCUUGCUCAAUGCAAUGACUAUCUGCUACAAAGCCAAGAACUUCGUCACUGCUGCUAACUUUGCCAGGCGUCUGUUGGAGACUAACCCGCAGGUUGAGAAUCAAGCGAAGACGGCCAGACAAGUGCUUCAGGCUUCGGAGAGGAACAUGACGGAUGCUACUCAACUGAGCUACGAUUUCCGGAACCCGUUUGUGGUGUGUGGUGCUACUUAUGUUCCCAUAUACAGAGGACAAAAGGACGUUUCUUGCCCUUAUUGCUCUGCCCGGUUUGUUCCAGCCCAAGAGGCGCAGAUAUGUGCAGUCUGUGAUCUUGCUGUUGUUGGGGCUGAUGCUUCCGGCUUGCUGUGUUCAUCUUCUCAGAUCCGGUAAUGAAAACUCUUCUCGUCACCAAUGAUAAGCCUUCUGGGCCAGCUUUUGAUCAACUGCCUGAAUCGAUGAAUUGGCAAGGUUAGCUUACAGAAUGAGUUCAUCAUUUGCUGCUUAAAUGUUUUUUCUUAUUCUUCGUACACAUUCGCUUCCUGCAUCAAUUGGGCUUUACUAUUUUGCUCAUUUAGUUGCUUUCGAAAUUGGAUGGUAAUAACGGAACCGAAUUAUGAGUCGUUAAGAGAGACGGUUGCUGCUUGAAGAGUGAAGACUGUUGACAGAGAGGGAUUUGCACACUUCGGUUUGAUUCUUUGUGAUGAUUUUUCAGGUGAUUGGGUUGUUAAUAGGACGGAAAAGAAUUAGUAUACUACACAUUGAUGAUAUUCUGCAAACGGUGUUAUAACUUUUAUAUUAGCGUUGUUAAGAACUGGUGCCAACUAAUAAAAUCUCCGCGCCUCCGCUAAUAAUAUAUUAGGACCAGAAACAGCGCAGGAGAUUGAUGAUAAAGAGGAACAAAGGGUUGCCUCGAACCAGCAACUCGGGCCGGACGAAGCGGCUCAACCGGUCCAGGUUUCUCGGAAGCAAAUGGCUGUAGUGCAGCAGCGUCGUGAUGGAGCAAACUGGUCUGCACACCAGCGGUUCGAGCCCUCCGGCUAGUGUCCUCAACACCAAUGGCCCCGCAAUAGACUUCAAAGCCAAAAGAAAGGAACGGAACAUUACUACAUAAGCAACCAAGCCAUAAUCUCAAAUUCUGUAUCACGAACGACAUGGUGAGAGACCAACUAAGUCGAUAUUCAUAGACAAAAAGGGAUGCCAAUUCGUGCAUUGCAUCCAACGUGAACGCCUAGGUUACGAUACUACUAUUAGUCUACUCCAUCCUCACCCCCUAUAAGCUGGCUAGUAGCGAAUUGUACACGUAAUCGUGCAUGUACAUUGCAAGUAUGUAAAUUGUACGUACCAUAUCAUGUAAUCUGAGGACGACGGAGCGAAGGGAGCUUCCUAGCUUGUUGGUGAGAAAUUUCGAGGUAUGUUGUGAGAGCGAAAGAAGGGUUAAGACUUAAGAGGCGAUCGAGAAGGUCGGACUAGGAGAGCG